GAAAUUUCGUAGAAAUGCGGAAAUUUUUACUAUUUGUUGUCAUAGCGCUGGAAUUAUUGGUGUUGGUGUGCUGUCAUGGUCCCGGUGAGGAACCAAUAAGGCCAAAACCUAAGCGACAUGGCGGAGUUGGUCAUGGAGGUAGUCAUGGAGGUGGUCAUGGAGGUAGUCAUGGAGGUGGUCAUGGAGGGGUUCACAGUGGUGGUGGAUUUGGAACUGGUGGUGCUGGCAGUGGAGGAGCCAACAUUGAGUCCUGUCCCCGUCCAUCACCGGAGAGCAUAAAAUGCCUGCAGCAGUGGGCGUGCCAGCAAGUCAUACGUCUGGAUCUGCGCUGUCUACUGAACCUGAAUGGCAACAAUUUGCUGGGCAAUCUUGUGAGCAUACCCGGCAUAGCUGGUGGUGGCAAUGCGGCUGGAGGUGGUGCUGGUGGAGGUGGUGGUGGCAUUCUCGGUGGUUUGCUGGGCAGAUAACCUGGCUAAAAUAAAACGAAAGCAAAUAAUAAAUAUGCACAUUAAAGCAAUAAAAAGUUAAGUAAAACGAGA